GAGGAUGUCCCUAGGGACUCCCUAUUUGCUUGUAUGACACCACCCCACUCACUCGAGGUGACUUUGAGAUGAGUCAUUUCCCUUUGUCUGGGAAAUAAAAAAAACAGGGGAGGGGAACUUUAUGAUGAAAGUGCUUUGAAGCCCUAAAGUAAUGGGGCUAGAGGUGAGGCAGGGAUCUGGGGGCAGAGUGAUACCAUCUCCCACACACACACCACCCCCAGUAUUUGAGGGUAGCUGCGAAUUCUACAAAAGGUAACUUAGAAGGGAACACAAAGAUCAUCUUAGUCCUCUCUCCUUCACAGAUGACGAAAAUGAGAUUUAGAAGAAGUUACUGGCCCAAAGUUAGAUAUGUAUUCCUAGUGUCAUCAGGGAAAUGGGCAGAUACACAAGUGAAACACUGAACAGGGUUUGGAAACAUACGGCAUCUCCUUUCAGAGCAGCAAUUGCCCUCUUGGUGAAAAUGGGUCUCAGGUAGAGGUCUGUCCCAUUUGAGGAUUGCAUUGUGGGGAGAGAUGGAAGUCAGGUGAGCCUGAGCCACCUGCUGCCUCCAGCCUGUUCCUCCUCAGUCCCAGUGCCUCUAGGGCGGGGGGGGGGGGGGGGGUUCUGUACAGAAAGCCCUUCUCUACUUGUUCCCAGGCAGCAACCAGGGCAGCACUGAUGGAUGCCUAGAAACGUGACAGCCACCAAAGAGGUAGAGAAAAGGAAGAUUGUGGGCAAAAGGACAGAGUAAGCUGGGCAGUAAGGAAGUGAGUAGCUGAAAAGACCAUAAUGUUGACUGAAGUGGGGGUGGCUGGGCAGCUAUCUUGACCACUGACCCUCUGACUCCCAGGAGAGGAUGGGCUCCCUGGAAUGCCCUGGACUUUAGCUUUAUUCCCCCAUCCCCGUCCCCAAGAAGAGAAGGAGAGGGAGGGCAGUGGGCUCUUCCUGGCCUCUUCUAGCUUGUUGGCCCAGAGCUGGGAAGCUGCAGCAGAGCGUGGGAGGUACUGGGAGGGGCCAGGACAAACAAGGAAAGAGGCUUUUCAGGAAAACUGGGUUCUGAACUCAGCCUCCACCCCCUCUCCCUCCUCUCUCCGUGCUCUGGAGGGAAAGCUGGGAGGUGAGCUGCCAUGUCCAAUGCUGCAUGCUCUCUGUGCCCGUCCUGACUUUUCAUCAGAGCCAGGUCGAGAGCCCAUGCAUCUGCCAGAGCUCUUCUCACACUAGGGGAGCUUGGCAUGACCUGCAGCCCCCCACUGGCCCCAGCACCACCACUGGCACACUCCCUUUAGUGGUCCUGGACCCUCCCUAACGCCCACAGCUCUGUCUGUUGCUGUGGUGAUCCUGCCCACCCCAGUCUACUUGCUGGUCUUUUCCCCUACAGGGGAAGGGCCCGUGGUCAAGACUCCAUCCCCGAGUUUGCAGCCAGUGAGAGGGAGGAGGAAGAAGAGGCAGGGAGUGCUGAAAUUCAGUCAGCCUAGCUCUUGGCACAAAGCUGGGUUGUUUUGCAGUCUGUCUGAAGUAUGAACGCAGAGACUGGGAGGGAGGAGGAAAAGGAGGGGAGGUUACCUCUGUUCCCUCUUUCCUCUGCACUUCUUAAUAGGGCCCCUUCUUUUCUCUUAACAACUGGAGAGAAGAUACACAUCUUCCUUCUACAACUGGAGAGAAGGAUACAGAAGAAUAAAGAGGCAGAACUCUCUUGACUCCAGAAACUUCUAGUCUCUCCACCCUGUUCCUGUCUCUGCCAAUAGCUGCUGGGAGAAGUACAGAAACUAUGGGACCCAGAGCCAUCAAAGGGAGGGAGAAAAGGUUGAGUUUUCUAGCUUUUUGGACCUGGAGUAAAAUCUAACUUUGGCCCCUCUUUGACUUCAACCUUGAACUUAAGACAGUAGGUGCCUCUCAACACAGCCUCCCACCCUCCUGCCAGCUGGACAUUCCAGUUCACUUCUACACACAAAUACACACACAUAACCAUCCCUCCCACAGCCAAAUUCAUCCCAAGAAAGAACUGGACUCUUCAUGAGCAGUGCUCAGAUUGGAACCAUGUGGAAUAGAUGCACAUAGAAGACCUGGCACAGCAAAGCAUAGCUCUGGCUCCAUGUUUUACACACUUCUAUUCAGAUUCCUCAGUGUCUGGGAUUCUCACCAUUUAGGCGUAGGGUUGAAUCCUGUGUGUGUGUGUGUGUGUGUGUGUGUGUGUGUGUGUGUGUGUGUGUGUGUGUGUGUGUUUUCAAAUAUGUCUAAUACUCCUGGAUUUCUGUGCACUGGGGAGAACAGAGAUAAAACAGAGGGAGGAAGGGAUUGAGAACUCUAGUUCUGGUCAGAGUGUGCAUGUGAUUAUAUGAGAGGCUUCAUGUGUGAGUACAUGUAGGUGUGGGUGUUUGAUCCAAGAUCUAUAUUCCUGGCCAGUAGGUUGUUUGGGGUAACAAGGUAACACCCUAGGCAAAUCCUGGGCAGCCCAAAUCUUGGGCCUACUGCUUGACUGACUGACUGAAGGUGAGUCCUUGCUGGAAACUGGGAUAGACUUUAGUAGAUACCUUCCCUUCCCUCUCCUUUCUCACAAAGCGAGCCACUGCCCAGGGGAAAACCUGCCUUCCCAAGUAAUGUAAACCUGGAUAGAAACCUGUGGGAUGCCCCCAAAUCAAGGAUCCAGCCAUGUGCCUGGGAGAGACUCAUUCUCUACCCUUCUACAUCUUCUUCCUAGUCUCUAAAAGGCCCAACUAUCUUUCCUAAUCCACUCACAGCUUUGACGUCUUGGGGAAAACUUCAUGAACAUGAGGGUCAGAGUCUAUGCUAAAUUUUGUCUUUGGGGGAGAUAGAGAAAGAGAAGGUAAGGCAUGAUUCAGUGCUGGGCUUCGUGAAUAUGUUUUGCCUCAGAGUCUAUGUUUACCUUACUAUUCCCUUUUCCAAGAAAAGGAAAUAGUAAAUAUGUAUUAAGUUCCUACUGUAUGUUGGGCAUUGUGCCAAGUGCUUUACACACACUAUCUCAUUUAAUAUCCACAGCAACCCUAUGCUGUAGAUCUCAUUUUAGAGACAGAAUCUGAGACUUAGAGAUGUUUAUUAAUUUACCCAACAUACUAAAGAGACUAGGCGAUUUUGUCUUAUACUGAAAAUAUAUUUGUCUUUUAUUUAUCUUUGUAUUGGAAGUGAAGCAUUUAAGAUUGAGAAGAUGUCACAUCAAAAGGUGGAGUUGAUAGAAGUUUGGGGAAGGGCUAAAGCUCCCCCUGCUACCUCUCAGAACUACUACUAUCAACGUCACAAUGAAAAUGGAAAUGUUGAAAUUCAACCCCAGGCCUGAGUAUAAAACUCUUUCCACUAGAAAGACUGCCCUUCCUGGAGAGAAUGAUUAUUCUGGUGGAAUGUCUGAGGUGUGAGCUCACCUUGGUGUUUCCUGAGCUGGUGCUUGGAAGUGAGGUGUGUCACCAAGAGAAGCCUGAAGCACGCUGCUCCGGUCCCCACAAAUACCUCAGCUUCCCAGAAGCCCUCUUUUAACUCCAACCCCACUUCCUCCUCCCUUAAACUCUUCCCUCUCUCCCUCCCACAUUCUCCUGUGUGGUUGGUUGUAAAGGUCAAAGGGGGCCAGAACAGGGGGCAACAAACAUAAAUUUCCACAUGGAUUGCACAGAGGUGAGAAACUGAAGCAGGCAUCUGAUCUCUGUUCUCCCCUAGCCCCCUAACUUUGGGAUGUGCAACCGGUAGGUCAGGGCCCUUUAAAACACUGUGCUGCUUCCUUUCAGGGGAUGUAUUAACGGAUUGGUUCAAUGAAAGUGUGGAAAGCCACAAAAGAGGUAAGUUUAAAAAGCCCUAAGGAAACAACAUCCUGCUUCCCUAUUUACCUCUUUGAGCAAUGUGCACCUCUAAAAAUAGCCCUUUGAAAGCCACCCACCACCCUGGGCCAAUGCUUCAUUGGCAGGUGUUUUAGGGAACCUGAAGGAGGGUCCCCCUUUCAGAGCCUAGGAUCCCAUGCACAACACAAGAUCUGGGAGAUGACAUGAAUUGUCCUUGGCAGUGGAAAACUAAGCCCCAGAUUGCCCUCUUUCUGGCAGGGGUUCUUCCUCCUGGGUUGGGGUGUGGUGGCAUCCAGCACAUGCUACGCCAAGGCCAUCCUGUCCACUUUUUGCUAUGCUGCUGCUGGAACCCACUGGUGUCAUCUUCCAGGUUCUUAAACCUGCCUGUUGGCUGUCUGUGAGCCUUUGUAGCACUGAGAUGCAGGGGAAUGUGUGUGGGGAGUGGUGGAAGGGUGCCUGUGUGCCUGCCUACCUCCACCCCUUAGCCCAAUUUCUAUCUCAAACCCUCUCCUUAUACAGUGUCUCCCCAUUCCUUGGGCCUCAGUGGAUCUCUCUGCAGCUGCCCGCAGAGGCCAGAGGCUCAUGACAAUCCUCGUGAGCAGGAUGGACCUCAGAGGAGCCACAGCAUGUGCAGGCAUCAGGGGCCUUGUGUAGCUUCUGGGAGGCUUACAUAAACACUGGCUGGGAUGGGGAGGGAAAUGGGCUGUCCAGGAAAAAAGCAACCCCUGCCCUGCCAGCUCAGCCUUCAUGAGAAGAAGAAACAAGGCUCAUUUUCCCUUCUCCCGUCCCUCUUUCCUGGUCUGCAGCUGUUAGUUGGGCUGGAAAGACUGCAGUAUCUUGGGGGAGGGGGCAGUGGAAGGAGAGAGGAUGCGACUUCACAAAUUUGGGAUCCCUCCCCUUCUUCUAAAUUGGUGGUGGGGGAAAAGCAAUUUGCCAAAGAGAUUUUCAAUGCGGCAGGAAGGAGCUUUGGCUCAUCAGAAUGCACAGUUUGCACCCUGAAAAAAAAAUCUGUGCUGGUUGCAAAAAUGCAGACGUGUGUAGGGGCCCAGCUGAGAUUAAAAAAAAAAAAGCUAGCUCUGCAAUGCAGGAUCUGCGAAGUUUUGGUGCGAUGAGGAAAUGUGGGUCGUGCUCGUUUCAUUUGCUUGUUCCUGCUAACCUACUGUCCGCCUGACUCCAGCACAGUCUCACAUCCCAGCAAGAGGAACAGGCUGCUCAGAAAUGGGGUCACAGGCAGGGGCCUGGAGCGAGGGCUGGAAGUGGGGGUCUGGGGUUAGAGUGAUGAGAGUAGGAUUCUAUGGGGCUGGGAGGGGACACUUCCAUGAGGUAUGGAGGCUGAGCUUGUCUCUCACAAGCGUGUUUGCUCUCCAGCUGGCCCAGGGUUAGUGUGUAGUUCUUCUAGAUCCCCCCUCCCUCCCCUCAGCUCCUCCCUAUUCCCAAUUGGCAGACUUUCCCUUCCCAUCCCUAACCCCACAGAUCACUGCUGCUGAAAGAGCCCUUGCUUUGUGUCACUGACCUCUCCUUGUUUUAAUGCUAGAAAGGGCACUUGCUAAAUCUCUGUGGGGUAUCCUUCCUAGAAAGAGGGGACCAGGUAGCCCGAUAUGGAGAGCCGAGGCUGCAGGGAAACCAAGUCUUGGCUCCGAGCUGACAUCAGCACGUAACUCCAGGGCUGGGGCUGGCCAUUUUGCGUUCUUGGCUUGGGGAGGCCCUUUUUUCAUUUAGGGCCUAGGGCUCUGGGUUUUGUAAACGCCAAGGGGCUGCCUGGGAGGAGAAUAUGCCUGGGGAAAUCACGUUUCUUUCCUGGGUGUUUGCUCCCCUGGUGGUGGCUCAGAGAGACAAAAGGAGACUGAAACAGUAUAAAGAGCCAGGAGACAAGAAGGGAGCCCACUGCCCUUUCACUCCUUCCCCAUCUUUUCUCCUGUUCCUCUGGCCAGCAGAGGACAGGGCUGAGUGUGUUUGUGCCGGCUCAAGGCUCACGCGGGCUGCUGGGGUCACAUGGCCUGGGCAUGUGCAGGCUGCUCCAUUUCUACCACAACAACUCGCUCAUAAACAGGCCGGCUGCUGCGGCAGUGGCGGCAGAGACAUGUGCAAGCGAGGGGGUGGGGCACGUGGCCCUGCUCGAGCCAAGGGAAGGCGCUCGCUCAGCACUGCCUCUCCCCUCCCCACACUGGCGCUGCUCCGCCACAGGAAAUUCCUAGUGCUCCUUUGCUGCUGCAAAACAUGUUUUUGGGAAGUGACUUUCAAUAAGGAUGGAGUCAAUGGACUAUUUUUAAAAGAGACAGGAUGGAUAAUCAGACGGAGACCGACUUCUGCUCCCGCUUGCCCUAUCUUUCUUAGAUCCCUGGACCUGUUGGGAUGGAGGACUGAGCAGGAGUCACGUGUUCCCAAAUCUCACCAACCUAGGUCCCCAUGGCAGCAAGGAGAGUGCGUCCUGCGCUUGGAGAGGUCCCCGGCAGCGGGGAGAAGGGGAGCAGCACAUGAGCAUCCUGCUCGCGGAGGCCUGGAACGCUGGUUGGGGUUUCUGCCAGAAAAGAGUUGUGAGCCGGCGGUGCUGCGGAGCCAGAACCGUGGCUCCAUACCGGCUUCCAUCCCCCAGCUUCCCGAAGGGAAAGAUUGGCUCCAGUUUGGUCUAUUGGACUCUAGACCAGUGGUAGGCAAACUACAGCCUGAGCGCAAAACCCAACCCAAUGCCUGUUUUUGUAUGUGCCACAAGCUAGAAUUUUAAAAUAGUUG